AUGAGGAAGGUGUGGGCUGAUGAUGAAGUAAACAGUAGGAAGAGGUGGGCUGAUGAUGUAGUAAACAGGAGGAAGAGGUGGGCUGAUGAUGAAGUAAACAGUAGGAAGAGGUGGGCUGAUGAUGUAGUUAACAGUAGGAAGGUGUGGGCUGAUGAUAUAGUUAACAGAAGGAAGAGGUGGGCUGAUGAUGAAAUAAACAGUAGGAAGAGGUGGGCUGAUGAUUUAGUAAACAGGAGGAAGAGGUGGUCUGAUGAUUUAGUAAACAGUAGGAAGAGGUGGGCUGAUGAUGUAGUUAACAGUAGGAAGGUGUGGGCUGAUGAUAUAGUUAACAGUAGGAAGAGGUGGGCUGAUGAUGUAGUAAACACAAGUAAAGUGAAGGAAGGGAUGGGCUGGUGUUGUAGUAAACAGGAGGAAGAGGUGGGCUUAUGA